AUGGAAGCGCAUCAGUUUUAUCCGCUCGUCGAGAUCCAAUGCUCCCCAGACCUGCGCUUCUUCCUCUGCUCCAUCUACACGCCGAUUUGUCUGGCAAACUUUGCCCACGCCCUACCGCCUUGUCGGUCUGUCUGCGAGCGUGCUCGUCACGGUUGUGCUCCGAUAAUGGCGAUGCACAACUUCUCCUGGCCGGCCCGCAUGCACUGCGACCAGUUUCCGCAGUUCGAGAACCCCGAGGGCCUGUUGUGCAUGGACAAAAAGGCGUCACACGAAGCCAACACGUCGCUGCAACUGGGCGCUUCUGCCGCCGGCACAAUUGGCUCCGUAGUUGGCGGCAAAGAUGGCAGAACGGGACAAGACAACGAUCUGCUCACCUACAGUUUGGCCGGGGAUUUGGGCCUCCCGGGCGCCGGACAGUCCGACUUUGAGGAGGCCACGGACGAGGCGGAACUGCUGCAGGAGGUGCUCCGCGAGAAGGAGGCGGCCAAGGCUUUUCCUUCUGCUCUUGCACUCAACCGGCGAGCAGAGGCCAUCUUCAUGGCAGACAGCUCUUACCGACGACAGAUGGAGGCCGGCAUGCGGCUCGACUGCUCCUGUCGGUGCAGACCGCCGCUGGUCGCUCUGAGACGGCACGAGGAGGACAGCCAAUUCAAGAAAGUGAGCACAAUUUUCACAAAUGCUACAAAAUAA